AAUUACCAAAAGAACAGCCGGUCUGAUUGAAACCAGGAACACUAUAAUCUCAAUCCUUCUUAAAGCGAAAGGAGUUACUUAACAUUACUACAGCACUAGAAUUUCACGGAUGGGAGGAAUGGGUUUCUAGUAGUAAACGCGUGAUGUGCAAAUAUUUGGAGAAUAUCAGAAGGGAUUAAAGUAUCGAGGAAAAGAAAAGGCUGGCGGUUCAGGAAAUCAAUUAUUAGUCACCCACAAAUCAAGAUAUAUAAUUAUGUAGUGUGUUUUUUGUAAGGGGGAAACAUUGAGGAAAUCAGUCCAAAAGGAAAAAAAAAAGCUCUAUUGUAGAAAGUGCUGCAAUUAUUACUAUUUAUAAUUAGCUAAAAACUAAUUGUUUUCUUAUUUUUAAGCGGUAUUUUAAAAACGAAUACAAAAAUAUCAAUUCUGCUGUGCAGCUCUUUCACUUGCACAGUGUGGUUUUUAUUUUUUAGUGGUUUUGCUGCGCAGCUCUUCACUCACACAAGCGCGAGGAGAAGAGCGGCAGGCUGCCUGGAGGCUGGAGGCAGAGACGCUCCAGCGGGGAUCUUUGUUCAGGAGAGGCCGGCUGAAACUCAAGCACGCUGCAGGCCUCGAAUCGGGGCCUUUGCGGUUUAAAAAUGCUAUAUUAUAUUUAAGAUUUUGAGAUGGAGAUAAUCAGAUACUCCUGGAGGGUUGCUGAAAGAACAGAAAAUCAGUGUCGUUUGCAGUGAUCUGGACUUGCUUUUUAAACUUUUGUAUUGCUUCUGACAAGGAAGAAUUUUAACACACAAUUGUGGUAACUGUAAAAUGGAUGGACGCAGUGACCAGGAAAGUGUGAGCAACAGCAGUGGGGAAUCAAGCCAAUCUGAUGAGGAAUCUGGCUCUGGAUCAGGCUCUGGUUCAGGUUCCAGCUCUGGGAGCAGCAGUGAUGGAAGCAGCAGUCAAUCAGGAAGCAGCGACUCAGGCAGUGGUUCCGACUCCGGCAGCCAGUCGGAAUCGGAGUCCGAAGGGUCAAAGGAAAAGAAACAGCAAGAAAACAAAACUGCGGAAAUAGAUGGAGCAGAGUUUUGGAAAUCAAAUCCAAGUAUCUUGGCUGUACAACGAUCGGCUAUGCUCAGGAAACAGCAACAGCAGCAACAGCAACAGCAGAGUUCAUCAGACAGUGGAUCAGAUGAGGAUUCGUCCAGCAGUGAUGAAUCAGAUGAUGAUUCUUCAAGCCAGAAUAAAAGGAAAAAGAAGCGUAAAGAUGAGGACUGGCAUUUGUCUGAUUCCAGGCCAGAGUCCAGGUCUGGAUCGAAUUCUGGGUCAGAUUCUGGUUCUGACUCUUCAGAUGAUCAAGGUGGAAACAGCGAUGAGAGUGUAUCGGACUUCGAGCCUAAUCACAAAGUUAAAAGCAGAAAGCCCCCAAACAGGAUAAAUGUAAGAAAUGGUAAAAAAGGCAAAGCUCAGAAAAAGAAGCCACCAAUGGGUUCCUCAGAUGAUGAUGAUGACGAUGAUUAUGACAAGAAGGGUCCCCGUCGUCAGGCCACUGUAAACGUGAGCUACAAAGAGGAUGAUGAAAUGAAGACGGAUUCUGAUGAUUUGGUGGAAGUGUGUGGUGAAGAUGUUCCUCCUCCUGAAGAUGAUGAAUUUGAAACAUUGGAAAAAGUGAUGGAGAUGAGGUUUGGGAGGAGAGGAGCUACUGGUGCAACCACAACUGUAUAUGCAGUGGAGGCAGAUGGUGAUCCAAAUUCUAACUUUGUACCAGGCAAAGACCCUGGAGACAAUCAGUAUCUGAUUAAAUGGAAAGGAUGGUCUCACAUUCACAACACCUGGGAGACCGAAGAGACCCUCAAGCAGCAAAAUGUCAGAGGCAUGAAAAAACUAGAUAACUUUAAGAAAAAGAAUCAGGAAAUGAAACGAUGGAUGAAAACAUCAUCUCCUGAAGAUGUUGAAUAUUUCAACUGUCAGCAGGAGCUUCUUGAUGACUUGCAUUCUCAAUACCAAAUUGUGGAGAGAAUAAUUGCUCAUUCUAAUCAAAAAUCGGCGGCUGGUUAUCCAGACUAUUUCUGCAAAUGGCAAGGCCUUUCAUAUUCUGAAUGCAGCUGGGAGGACGGUGCUCUAAUUUCAAGGAAAUUUCAGAAAUGUAUUGAUGAUUACAUGAGCAGAAACCAGUCAAAAACCAUUCCCUUCAAAGACUGUAAGGUGUUAAAACAGAGACCCAGGUUUGUUCCCAUGAAGAAGCAGCCCUCUUACAUUGGUGGUGAUGGAUUAGAGCUCCGCGAUUACCAGCUGGACAGUUUAAACUGGAUGGCACACUCAUGGUGCAAGGGCAAUAGUUGCAUCCUUGCAGAUGAAAUGGGUCUUGGAAAAACCAUUCAAACUAUCUCCUUCCUGAACUAUCUGUUCCAUGAGCAUCAGCUCUAUGGCCCUUUCCUGGUGGUGGUACCCCUCUCUACUCUUACUUCGUGGCAAAGAGAAAUUCAGUUAUGGGCUCCUAUGAUGAACGUAGCGGUUUACCUGGGCGACAUAAACAGCAGAAGCAUGAUUAGAACACAUGAAUGGAUGCAUCCACAAACCAAACGUUUGAAGUUGAAUAUCUUACUAACAACGUAUGAAAUCCUGCUUAAAGAUAAGUCAUUCCUUGGCAAUGUCAACUGGGCUUUUAUUGGUGUUGAUGAAGCUCAUCGUUUGAAGAAUGAUGAUUCCCUUCUUUACAAAACUCUGAUAGAGUUCAAGUCAAACCACAGACUUCUGAUCACUGGAACCCCUCUGCAGAACUCUCUGAAGGAGCUCUGGUCAUUGCUGCAUUUUAUCAUGCCUGACAAGUUUAGCUCUUGGGAGGUCUUUGAGGAGGAUCAUGGGACAGGUCGUGAUUCUGGGUAUGCUAGUCUGCAUAAGGAGCUGGAGCCUUUUCUGCUGCGCAGAGUUAAAAAGGAUGUGGAAAAGUCCCUUCCUGCAAAGGUGGAGCAGAUCCUGCGGGUGGAAAUGAGUGCAAUACAGAAGCAGUACUACAAGUGGGUGUUGACCCGGAAUUACAAGGCACUCAGCAAAGGCACAAAGGGCAGUACCUCAGGCUUUCUGAAUAUAAUGAUGGAACUGAAAAAGUGUUGUAAUCAUUGCUACCUUAUUAAACCACCCGAUGAUAAUGAGUUUUAUAACAAACAAGAGGCCUUACAGCAUCUGAUCCGUAGCAGUGGAAAGCUGAUCUUGCUUGACAAGCUCCUCUUACGCCUUAAAGAGCGAGGCCACCGAGUUCUUAUCUUCUCUCAGAUGGUGCGAAUGCUGGACAUUCUCGCAGAAUACUUGAAGAGUCGACAGUUCCUGUUUCAGAGGCUGGAUGGAUCGAUAAAGGGAGAAAUGAGGAGACAAGCACUUGAUCAUUUUAAUGCAGAAGGAUCAGAGGAUUUCUGCUUCUUGCUGUCUACAAGAGCUGGCGGUCUGGGCAUAAACUUGGCCUCUGCAGAUACUGUUGUUAUUUUUGACUCGGAUUGGAAUCCUCAAAAUGACUUGCAAGCUCAAGCCAGGGCCCAUAGGAUUGGGCAGAAGAAACAGGUCAACAUCUAUCGACUGGUCACUAAGGGGUCUGUGGAGGAAGAAAUCAUUGAAAGGGCAAAGAAAAAGAUGGUGCUGGACCACCUGGUGAUCCAGAGAAUGGAUACCACAGGAAAAACUGUACUGCACACAGGCUCAGCUCCUUCAAGUUCCACUCCUUUCAAUAAAGAAGAGCUUUCAGCAAUCCUGAAGUUUGGUGCUGAGGAACUGUUUAAAGAACAAGAAGGAGAGGAGCAGGAGCCACAGGAAAUGGAUAUCGAUGAAAUCCUGAAACGAGCUGAAACACGAGAAAAUGAUCCGGGUCCUUCGACUGUGGGGGAAGAACUGCUGUCACAGUUUAAGGUGGCAAACUUUUCAACAAUGGAGGAUGAAGAGAUUGACCUGGAUGCUGACCGGAAAAAGAAGUCCUGGGAUGAUAUUAUUCCUGAGGAGCAGCGGAGGAGACUGGAAGAGGAAGAGAGGCAGAAAGAGCUGGAAGAGAUCUACUUGCUGCCCAGAAUGAGAAAUUGCGCCAAACAGGCAAAUUCUAAUGGGAAUGAAGGCAGGCGCAGCAGGAACAGCAGGAACAGGAGGUACUCUGGGUCCGACAGCGAUUCUAUUUCAGGCAGAAAGCGGCCAAAGAAACGAGGGAGACCACGGACAAUUCCAAGAGAAAACAUCAAAGGGUUCAGUGAUGCUGAAAUACGGAGGUUCAUUAAGAGUUACAAAAAGUUUGGUGGCCCUCUGGAAAGACUUGAUGCAAUUGCCCGGGACGCUGAACUGGUUGACAAAUCUGAAAUGGACCUUAAACGGCUGGCUGAAACCGUGCAUAAUGGCUGCAUAAAGACCCUAAGAGAGAACUCCUCUGGGCCAGAAAAGACAGGAGGGGGCAGGCGAGGUAAAGUAAAAGGACCAACAUUCCGAAUCUCAGGGGUUCAAGUGAAUGCAAAGUUGGUCGUCUCUCAUGAAGAAGAACUGGCACCAUUGCACAAGUCCAUUCCAGCAGAUCCUGAGGACAGGAAAAGAUAUAGCAUCCCUUGUCAUUCAAAGGCAGCUCACUUUGAUGUUGACUGGGGUAAAGAAGACGACUCCAACCUAUUGAUUGGUAUAUACGAGUAUGGCUAUGGCAGCUGGGAAAUGAUCAAAAUGGACCCAGACCUGAAUUUAACACAAAAGCUGUUACCAGAUGACCCGGAUAAGAAACCACAGGCUAAACAGCUGCAGACAAGAGCUGACUACCUCAUAAAACUACUGAGCAAGGACCUGGCCAGAAAGGAGGCCCAGAGGCUAGCUGGGACGGCCAAUUCGAGAAAGAGGAAGCCCAGAAGCAAGAAGAACAAAGUUGCAAAGCCAGUAAAAAUUGAAGAGGUGGUUAAGAGUGACUUGUCUCCGCCCCCAUCAGAGAAAAGCUCAGAGGAGGAGGAGGAGGAGGAGGAGGAAGAGGUAAAGGAAGAAGUUGCUCCUGCCAAGCCUGUCAACAGGAGGGCCAAAACUGAAAAAGUAAAAAAGUCAAGUGAUGACGACAACGAUGAUGAUGAUGACGAACCAGAGCCAGAAACUGUAAUUAAAAAUGAGCCUGAAGAGAAGGAAGCGAAAGAAAAGGACAACAAAAAAGAAAAAAAGGAUAAAAAAGAGGAAAAUAAGGAUGUAAAAGAGAAAAGGGAACUGAAAGAGAAGAAAGAAAUGAAAGCUGAGCCUGUACUGAAAAAAGAAGAAAUCAAAGAGGAAAAAAUAACUGAAGUAAAAGUUGAGAUUAAAGAAAAAUUGAAGAAGGUAACGGAUGCUCCUGUCCACAUUACUGCAAGCGGUGAACCUGUACCCAUCGCUGAGGAGUCGGAGGAGCUUGACCAAAAGACGUUUAGUGUGUGCAAAGAAAGGAUGCGACCUGUUAAGGCAGCAUUAAAACAGUUAGAUAGGCCAGAGAAGGGUCUUUCAGAGAGGGAGCAGCUGGAACACACAAGGCAGUGCCUGAUCAAAAUUGGAGACCACAUCACUGAAUGUCUGAAGGAGUACACCAACCCAGAACUGAUCAAACAGUGGAGAAAAAAUCUCUGGAUAUUUGUAUCAAAGUUUACGGAGUUUGAUGCUAGAAAACUACACAAACUAUAUAAACACGCGAUCAAGAAACGACAAGAGAGUGCUCAGGCAGGUGACCAAAACAGUAGCUUAAAUGUUCACAGCAUUAAACAGGAAGAUAUUGAAAGGCUAAAGGAGAAUUCUCAUCAUGACGACAAUAGCAGGGACAGCUACACCUCUGAGAGGCACCACUCCUCACAUUACAAUGAUCAUCACAAGGAACGGCAGGGAGAUUCUUACAGGAAAAACGAUUCUUCGAGAAAGAGACCUUAUUCAUCAUACAGCAAUGGCAAGGACCACCGGGAUAGGGAUCACUACAGGCAAGACAGCAGAUACUACAGUGACAGUAAGCACAGAAAACUGGAUGACCACAGAAGUCGAGAUCACAGGUCAGGUUUAGAAGGGAGCCUGAAAGAAAGAUCUCGCUCAGACCAUCACUCCCAUUCUGACCACAGGUCCCACUCUGAACAACGAUCCAGUUCUGAAUAUGGCCACCACAAAUCCUCCCGAGAAUACAGGUACCAUUCAGACUGGCAGAUGGACCACCGAGCCUCUGGGAGUGGGCCUAGGUCUCCCCCAUAUGACUCCAGGUCUCCCCUUGGACACAGAUCUCCAUUUGAGUACUCUUCUGACCACAAAAGUACUCCAGAGCAGAUCUGGAGUAGCCGCAAGACAUAACACAAGCUGAGAUGUCAUGUCUGGACCUUUUUGUUAGCCAUAGAAACAGUUCAACACAGUAAAUGCCUUAUGUGACUUGAAAGUGCUAUGGACAGGCUACUUUCAGUAGCAGUAUUGCUUCUCCUUUCCAGGUUGCAAGGUGUAAUAUCCCAUUAAAAGAAAAACAAAUAUUUUUAUAUUUAAGGGUAAUGCUGCAGUGUGCUGCAAAGUUUGUGACAUUUUUAAAACAAAACAAAAAAAAAAUCACUUGUUUACUACUACAGAACAGACCAGAACACUGCCCCCCUCCACCCCCCUUCACCACCAGACUGGAUCUUGGCAAGGAUUAGUUCAAUUUUGAUGUGGUGUUUGGUCUAUUUAAAAACUAACAAUAAAGAGCUAUAUGUAACUGAUCUUUAAUCAUGCCUACGAAAUGAAUAAAGAGUUUAAGAUGAUUGAAGGACUUUUGCUCACCUUCCAAAGUAACAUGUUUACAGUAUAUACUGUGACAACCAUGCCGAUUUUUGCAUCAUGCUUGAAUAUUUAAUUUCUGUACUUACAACUGUAAAAUAGCCAGGUUUUUUUUGUCAGUGAUCAAUUUAAAUGCCUUUAUAUAUAUAUAUAUAUAUAUAUAUAUAUAUAUAUAUAUAUAUAUAUAUAUAUAUAUAUAUAUAUAUAUAUAUAUAGAUAAUAUUAUACAUAAUGUACUACUGUAAAUUUAUUGUAAAAUAAUGAAUUGAAUGAGCUUUUUUCCUCAGGCUUUUUUUUUUUUUGACAGUUUCCCUUUACCCAAAAACUCAGGCCGCCUUGUCACAAGAAUAAAUUUGUCAGUUUAUUAUUAAUGGAUAGUCUCGCAAUCAAUUGCUGUUCCGAAUGUAAUAAUGGGGAAAGGAAACCUCUAUUCCAUUAUAUGUACACCCUGUAGUGCCCCCUUUCUAUCAUUACUUACAAUAGGUCUUGACUGUUUCCUUUUUUGUUGUAAUUUGUUUAAAAAAAAGACAAAUCCUUUCCUUUUUAAUUCCAUACGCUUGUGAUAUAGGAGAGAAGAUGCCCAUUUAUACUAAGAGGUCCCAGCUCUAAAAGUUAGAUCUCAAAUAAACUAGAUUACAUUUUUAAUGUAAAUCCAUUUGUGUUCUUUUUAAAUGUAGGCAACAAUGUCAAAUGUUUUAUGCAGCCACAUGUAUCUGUGUCUGGGUAAAUUUGAAAGAUACUUACAGUACACACUCGUGUGUGUGUAUAUAGCUAGAUACCUUCUAUAUAUUACAAAUUAAAUUUACACAGAAAAAGGCAUUAUUUUUUUCUUUCUAAUACUUUGUGGUUAUGGUUUUUUGUAACACCUAACAUCAUUCACCUUUUACAAUCGUACUUCUAUCAACAUUUUAAGUUUGGUUUUUUUGUAUCCAUCACAGAAUUCAAGUAUUGAAAAAAAGAUUUGGGGAGGCAGGAGACACACAAUUGCACUGCACUUAGACCAGUUCAGGACUUUUUUUUUUUUUUUUAACACUUCUAUUAAUUCUAGCCUCUGUCAUCUGUAAGAAGAUAUCAUAAAUCACAAUAAGAAGUCAAUCUCAGGGAUUUAAAGUGUGUUAACUACGCUGCUAUGUACCAAACAUAUUGGAGUAAUGCAGAAGGCAAAGAAACACAGGUUACAGAAAGCUGUAGCUUUAUACAAUGUGGAUGUUAACCUUGGUGUAUCACUGUGAAAGAUAAAACUGUAUUGAUGUAGGAAGUGAAGGAGAGCAAAUGAAGACCAAAUUUGAUUACAAGUAUAAAGUCAUGUUUUUUUAUUUUUAAAUGGGUAUUCCGUAUGAAAUGCAGUAAAGGGAAGUGUGGGUUUAGAUCUCUGAAAUAAAACUUGGCUUGAGAAGAUUAGACUUUCAUGAAUAUGUAUCUGUAAAUAAAAGAUGUAAUGGCAAGUUAAAUGUGUACUGUAAGACAUACUGAACUGGUGGACUUACAGUGAUUAAAGUAGUUUUUAAUACAUUAGAUAAAAACGCAUUUUAUUUUGUCAAAAAGGAAAUUUAAAUCUACAAGCUUCUGAUUUGUUUUUUUUAACAUUACGUAUUACAUUUUUCAUCCAUUACAUGUGCACAAGACCCAACUAAAUCACUGUUCUGUGCAUCUUGUGUAUCCUGAUAACAAGCAUACAGUACCAUACAAAUAAAUGCAUCUUUACAUCCGUAGUGCCAGUUAUGUCUAGUGCCCUUAUAUUGAAACAAGUCAUUUCUAUCAAGCUAAACUCCACCUCCUUUUCUACUUUAUCCAACAUGGAAAUCAUAAGAAAAAUGUAAGAUGUUAGUGGUUUUAAAUGGUAUAGUUUGACAAAAUUACAAUUUAAUUUUGAAAAGCAUUACUUUUGUCAGUCUUUCACACACCAAAAUAUUUUGCAUUAAGUGAGCAGCUGAAAUUAUAGUUAACUGCAGAAAUGACUACAGCUGCAUAAAAGAAAUGUUGUACAACAUGGCAGAAUACACUGAAACAAAGUGUUUUUUUUUUUUUUUUACUAGUUGCUCCAGCAUGUUUUAACAAGUGUUUUAUUGCUGUAGGCACAGAGAUUUAUUUUGCUAAUGUUGCUUACAACUGUUCUGACAUAACUGAAUAAUGCAUAGAGUGAUGGGAAGUCAUUAGCAAUGCAUAUUAGUAUAUGUGUUUUAUAUUUGUGACCUACAUCCCUGCCAUAGCUGUAAACACAAAAUUAAAGCCAUCUGUCUGUUGGAUAAAAAAAAAAAAUGAAAUCACCAUGAUCUACAUCCAUGGUAAUGAUCUUUUCAAAAUGAAUCACAAAUGGAUAACGGGUUCUUUAGGAAACCAAGAAUCUAAUUCUGGUGCAACUAGAAUUUUUCUUAUCUUAAAGAUACUGGGUUCUGUAUCUUACUGUGCAGUUGCAUACGGAGAUGGCUGUACUUGUACAUAUGUUGUACAUUUUUUACUUGUCUCUAGAGAACACCCCCAAUUUAUUGUGCAGCACAUUACCUGUUGCAUUUUUGUCGUCUGUGGUUUUACUUCAGUUGCUGUGUUUAAUAUCUCACGCAUCUAUCGCUCCUGUUGUACAUACAUUAGGUAAAACUGCAGUAGACAAGGUUUAACACUGGUUGUUCUCUUCUCUGUUCAUUACCUUGUUAUUCAUUAGAAGGAAAACUGCAACAUUCUGUUCUCCAGUGCAAGUGGAAUAGGACUCUGUUCAGCCCCAAACAUUUUGCCAUUUAAUCAUAACUCCAUAUUAAAUGUGACAGAAAUCCAAAUUUUCUGGAUGUAAACGGUUGUAUAAUAAACCUAUACGGUGUGCCUGUUUCAUAAAAACGACUUGCUUUAUGCUACAAUGUUAUUCUGAAGUAUUAACAUUCUGUUUCUGUCUUUUUCUGGUCCAUACUGUGCUGUGCAAUGCAAAGACCCCACAAUACAAAGUAUGCUGCAAAAUACAAUAAACUGCAAAAAAGGCCAUUCAUUCGCAUACCAAUAAGCAAUUGUGUGUUGUAGUUUUCCACCAGCAAGUUACUCUUCAGGUUAUAAGGGUGGUCAUAAUGAAACCUCAGUAGUCUGGAUACAGAAUCACCUGCUGGUCUCGCUUACCCAGAAUCCACUGGUAAAGACUGCUGUUUUUUGUCAGAUCUGCCAACAGCAAUUCAGAUCACCAAGGAUAAUGUAUGCUGGGUAUGCAAUUAAAAAUUGUGUCCUGGAUGAGUUUUAAAAAAAAAAAAAGUCUUUCCUAAGCAUCGAUUUUCUAAGCAUGAAAUGUCUUCCUCAGCCAGUAAGAAGUUAUCUCCUUUCAGACUACAGGCUAGUUUACUCUUGGCAAUAAUUGCCAGUACACAAAUUGCUGCUCGGUUUUAAAUACAGAGUAAGACUGAUAGAGAGGGUCUGACUUGGGAGCAAAAUUGCUGUCAACUGUUGUCAUUUUCAGCAUCAAUUUAAGUUGGCAGGACCCUGAUAGACUUUUUAAUGGUAAACAGUGGUCUUUUAGACUACACUUUGUUACUGUCAACUGAGUAGGCACUCAUAAAAAAUAAAGAUAUUUCUUUCAUUA